UUGCGAAGCCAGAGACAUCGCAGUCUGUUCUCAAGCCAGUCUAAGACAUCAACAACCUCAUCUCAACAUGAAGUGCAUUGCUAUCAUCGCCGUCGCCUGCCUGCUGGCCGUUGUUGCUGCCGACAAGGAGGAUAAGAUGCUCGGCUCAUCCUACGGAGGUGCCGCUCCUGCAGCUUACUCCGCCCCAGCUCCUGCCGCAUACGCCGCUCCCGCUCCUGCUUCCUACGCCGCCCCCGCUCCGGUCUCCAUCCCGGCCCCGCCCUGCCCCAAAAACUACCUCUUCAGCUGCCAGCCCAACCUGGCCCCAGUCCCAUGCAGUGCUCCAGCCCCGAGCUACGGAUCCGCCGGCGCCUACUCGCAGUACGCCCCCGUCAUCGCCCGCCAGUGGUAAUAUAAUCCAUGAAACCACAUGACAACCGA